GGGAAUGCUCCGCGUGUUGUCUUAUCCUCGCGCGUGCUCGUAAUUAUCCGGUUUAUUUCAAUUGCAUACUAGGUCAUAAACUAAAAUAGUGUAUGUAUGUCAAUGCGGAAACGAUCACCGUUUGCAGUAAACUGCUAAUUUGAUAAUAAUCUCACGAGCAGGCCUGAAAUCGGAUUAUCUCCAUCAGCGCUGUUUUCUGGCCCGUUAGUCCAGUAAGGUGGCACGAGCUACUUGUUUCUAUGGUAGCAUAACUACUGUUUGUACCGUUAGUGUCGUUAUUAGGAGUAUUAUUAUGAGUCGGUUAGCGCGCUCUCAGUCGGAGGUGUUUGGGGAGAUCCGGAAGGAGCUCUAUGAUGACCAUGAAUUUCGACUGGUUUCUCAUGUGUUCGUUAUCAUGGGCGCUUCGGGGGAUCUUGCCAAGAAGAAGAUUUACCCAACACUUUGGUGGCUUUUCAAGGAUGGACUUCUACCAGAGGAGACCUACUUUGUUGGGUUUGCUCGUUCCCACCUGACCAUGGAUGACAUCCGCGCUGCCUCUUUACCAUACAUGAAGGUUAAAGAUGGUGAUAAUGAGCGUCUCGAAGCAUUUUUCCAGAGGAACUCUUACCUGACCGGACGCUAUACAGAAGGAGAGUCUUUCUCCCAGCUGCAGUCCCACCUGAACUCUUUGUGCCAUGGUACAGGUGCCAACUACAUCUUCUACCUGGCACUGCCACCCACCGUGUAUCACAGCGUCACCACCAACAUUCGCCAGCACUGCAUGAGCAACACGGGCUGGAACAGGGUGAUUGUGGAGAAACCGUUCGGCCGGGACCUGCAGAGCUCAGAGGAACUGUCAGCACAUCUUUCUUCUCUUUUCAGUGAGGAUCAGAUCUACCGUAUAGACCACUAUCUGGGGAAGGAGAUGGUGCAGAACCUCAUGGUCCUCAGGUUUGGGAACAGAAUAUUCGGCCCGAUCUGGAACAGGGACAGCGUGGCCUGCGUCAUUCUGACUUUUAAAGAACCUUUCGGAACUCACGGGAGAGGAGGAUACUUUGAUGACUUUGGUAUUAUUCGUGAUGUCAUGCAAAAUCAUCUUCUACAGAUGCUCACGCUGGUCGCCAUGGAGAAGCCGGCUUCCACCAACUCCGACGAUGUGAGAGACGAGAAGGUGAAGGUAUUGAAGUGCAUAGCACCAGUGACUCUGUGUGAUGUCGUGCUGGGGCAGUACGAGGGGAACCCUGACGGGGAAGGCGAAGCUAAACUGGGUUACUUGGACGACCCCACCGUUCCCAAAGACUCCCACACGGCCACUUUCGCCACCGUAGUGCUCUACAUUCAUAACGAACGCUGGGAAGGGGUUCCCUUCAUCCUGCGUUGUGGAAAGGCCUUGAAUGAGCGCAAGGCUGAGGUGAGGCUGCAGUUCACUGAUGUGCCAGGUGACAUCUUUAAUUCGCAGUGCCAGAGGAACGAGCUGGUUGUGCGCGUGCAGCCUAACGAGGCUAUUUAUGCCAAAAUGAUGAGCAAAAAGCCUGGUGUGUACUUUAACCCCGAAGAGACGGAGCUGGACCUGACCUACCGUAGCAGAUACAAGGACGUGAAGCUUCCCGAUGCUUACGAGCGUCUAAUUCUGGACGUGUUCAGCGGAAAUCAGAUGCACUUCGUGCGCAGUGAUGAGCUCAAAGAAGCCUGGAGAAUUUUCACCCCUUUACUCCACCAGAUAGAAGCAGAAAGGACACGACCGAUCCCUUACACAUACGGAAGUCGCGGGCCGAAAGAGGCGGACGAGCUGAUGAAGAGAGUGGGAUUCCACUACGGAGGAACGUACAAGUGGGUCAACCCUCAUCCCGUGCAACACUCCAAUCUCUGAUCAUUAUCCAAUCACUGAUGGUUAAGACUUCGAUCGCCGAAAAGAAAUCGAACAAAAAUUCAGGAGAUGAACUUUAAUGGGGUCAAUCGGUGAAAGAAUGAAUUCAUCGUGUACCGAAGAUCUCGAUUUUCUACAAAUCAUUUUUUUUUCCCCCCUCUAUGAAUGUUUUGUACAGCGGGAAACCUUUUUUUUUACGUUCUUCUUUCAAUCGUUUACACUCCUUACCUCUUAAUUUAGCGGUAACGCUUCUCUUGCCUGUGUUUUUGUGAUUUGAAUGAAAUUUGCAAGCACUUAUACUCUAGUAUUUCUCUUCCAACCUUUGACCAAAUCACAGCACGCUAGUUACGUUUAGUUACAUUAUUCCAUUCAGUGAGCAUAACCUUCUUUAUUUAUUCUUUAAUUUGUUUGCUGUUUUGGUUUUAAGAUUUAAAAGCAAUAAGUUCAGUAUGUUAUAGAACUUGUUUAAAAGUUAGAGGGGUUUUGCUGCUGCGGUUGUACGGUAUAAAUGUGUUACAGUAUUUCUAUGGAGCCCUGUGUGUAUGUUUGAAAUGUACAAAUGAAUAUAGGGUGUUUUCUAAAAGCUAAGAAAGCUAGUUUAGUUUAUGUGUGUGUGUGUGUGUGUGUGUGAGAGAGAGUGAAUCAACAAACUGCCAAACAUACUGAGUCAACCAGGUCUAGCAGAGUACAAAUAAACUGAUCAAAUGCCAUUGUGUUUAAGUGAUUUAAAGCAGGUUGGAAUUUCUUUUUUUUUUUCCUUCUUUUUUUUUU